CAAAUGCGGUCGUUAGCUUUUAGACCAGCCUCCUUUGGCAGUGUCAAAGGAGCUGAUAGCCCUCACGCAAGGGUGGUAUAAAGACGUUAUCGAACAGGCUUCAUGACUCGACAAGCUCAUCUCUUAUUGUUCUGCGCUCAGAAUACAUCUUCCAUCUAGCGCUUUUUGUUCUGACUCCUUGAACUUUACUUUCCAAAAGUCAACAGAACAAUAAACCACUCCCAAAAACAUCAUGUUGACCAAGUUCACUCCCAUCUACGUUAUCGCCUGCUUUGCUGCUUUAGCAUUGGCAUCGCCUGUACCCGUCGCAGCUCCUGCAGCUGUUGCACUUGCUAACACAGAGUUCGCUGCUCGCGAGGCUAUGCCAGUUGCAGAAGCUUUCUCUGAACGCGAACCUACUCCUGAAGAAGACGUCGAGGCCAGGGUAUGCCGCUACGGCUGCCUAUGAUCAAACCCUCUACUCCCAUUCCCAUUUCUUCGCGCUCCUGCGAUUGAUGAGCGCCCCACGCUCCUUUCUGACGCUUCCCGCGUCUCACGGUCCAGCUCGAUGCAGACCACCAUUGUCAUACCCAAUCGCAAUUUGUUCUUAUCCGAUGACCAUUCCGGACAAUAUUCUGGAUACCAUUUUCUUACGCACGUUACGAGUUUUGUUUUGUUAAUCCGCGGUGUUUUGUAACUGUAUUGCUGGAGGGUCAUAGAUGCUGUAUCGCUAUUAGUUUUGCUUUCGUAUGUUUUAUGAUGCUAUGGAAUGUCCACAUUCAAUAUAGCUACUGGCUGAAGUACUUCAGUACUUACUUCGAGAUACUACUAGUGCCCAAUAUUACAAGGGAAGCCUUGAUUUGCGCACA